AUGGCGGCAGCGCGCGUGGACGCGACUUUGCCUCCUAGAGAAGAACAUUCAGGAAAUCGUCCCUCGGAUACCACUCCCGAGAUUGGCUUUGACUCCUUGGUUGUUGGUGGUCGAUCAGUAGUCAAUUGGUCAGGGCAGGGACUGCAGAAAUUAGGUCCAAAUUUACCCUGUGAAGCUGAUAUUCACACUUUGAUUCUGGAUAAAAAUCAGAUUAUUAAAUUGGAAAAUCUGGAGAAAUGCAAACAAUUAAUACAGUUAUCAGUAGCUAAUAAUCGGCUGGUGCGGAUGAUGGGUGUGGCCAAACUGACCCUACUCCGUGUACUAAAUUUACCUCAUAAUAGCAUUGGUUAUGUGGAAGGGCUAAAGGAACUGGUACAUUUGGAAUGGCUGAAUUUGGCAGGAAAUAAUCUUAAGGUGAAUGGUGUCUUUCAUUUGUGUACAAUCAUAAAAGAGAUCUCAGUUCUCACAUACACCCUUUUGAUGUUGUCACAAUAGAUCAACUUAUUUAUAAUCUUUUUAUUUGUAAUUCAUACUGUUUUUACUUUCAAGACCCUGCUUUUACAUGGAAACAUCAUUACCUCCCUUAGAAUGGCACCUGCUUAUCUACCCAGAAGUCUUGCUAUACUUUCUUUGGCAGAAAAUGAAAUCCGAGACUUAAAUGAGAUCUCUUUUUUGGCAUCCUUAACUGAAUUGGAACAGUUGUCGAUCAUGAACAACCCUUGUGUGAUGGCAACACCUUCCAUUCCAGGAUUUGACUAUCGGCCGUACAUUGUCAGCUGGUGCUUAAACCUCAGAGUCCUAGAUGGAUAUGUGAUUUCUCAAAAGGAAAGGUUUCACCAGAGGCAGUUGAUGAACCAAUGCCAAAAGGAAGAGUUGUCUCCUCUUGCUCCUGCCGAAGCAAGGACACCUCUCAUACCUGAACAUUCAAGCCCUAUUCAAGAUUGCCAGUCAGUUCAGGAAAGCGAACCUGUCAUCCAAGUCAAUUCUUGGGUUGGGACAAGUAAUAAUGAUGAUCAAUUAUAUGCUGUGAAGAAUAAUUUUCCAGCCUCUGUCCACACUACAAGAUAUUCUGGAAAUGACCUGCACCUGGAAGACAUACAGACAGAUGAGGACAAGUUAAAUUGUAGUCUUCUUUCUUCAGAGUCUACUUUUAUGCCAGUUGCUUCAGGACUCUCUCCAGUGUCACCUACAGUUGAGCUGAGGCUGCAGGGUAUUAACUUGGGCCUAGAAGACGAUGAUAUUUCAGAUGAAUCUGUAAAAGGGCUGGAAAACCAGGUCUUGGAUAAGGAAGAAGAAAAAACUUUAAGGGCUGCAAAUGAGAAUUCUGUUCAAGUGAUGAAAAGUGAGAUCAAUACGGAGGUAAAUGAGAAAGCUGGGCUAUCACCUUGUCCUGAGCCAACAGUAAUCAGCUCCAUUUUGAAGGAUGAUGACCACAGUAUUAAAUCUUUUCCUGAGACAGCUGGACAUGAUGCCUCUUAUACACAGCCAGAUGAUCAAGAAACCGUGUCUCAAAAAGCUUCAGAGAAACUUUCCUGCAUGAUUUUGACCCAGAGAUCUGUUGCUUUGGGGCAUGAUAAAGUUGCCCUUCAGAAAUUGAAUGAAGCAGCCACCAAGCUUCAGGCCUGUUGGCGAGGGUUUUAUGCUAGGAACUACAACCCUCAAGCCAAAGAUGUGCGUUAUGAAAUCCGACUGCGCAGAAUGCAGGAGCACAUUGUCUGUUUAACUGAUGAAAUAAGGAGAUUAAGAAAAGAAAGAGAUGAAGAGCGUAUUAAAAAAUUUGUGCAAGAAGAGGCUGUCAAAUUCCUCUGGAAUCAGGUAAGGUGUCUACAAGUUUGGCAACAGACAGUGGACCAGCGUCUAAGUUCCUGGCAUACUGAUGUUCCUCCUUUAUCAAGUACUCUGGCGCCAUCUAAUCCUCCAUUAUUUACUCAAAGUCAGGAACCCUCAUCUAAUAAAAAUUCUGAUUGGUUCAUUGCUUCUAUUGAAGCUCCUCAAGAGAAAUCAUUUCCAGAAUUUCCAGACUCUGGUUUUCAUUCCUCCUUAACAGAACAAGUUCACUGUUUACAAGAUUCUUUGGAUUUUGAAAAAAGUUCCACAGAAGGAAGUGAAAGCUCCAUAAUGGGGAAUUCCACUGACACUGUCAAAUAUGCCAAAGAAUCAAAUUUAGGAGAUACCCUUAGAGAAGAACAUGGUGAAUGCAGUAAGGAAAGCUCAAAUAAUGAGCAGGAUAAUAGUCUGCUUGAACAGUAUUUAACUUCGGUUCAACAGCUAGAAGAGGCUGAUGAGAGGACAGAUACUGAUGAAGGGUCAGAAGAUAAUAAGCUUCACAUACAUUGUUCCCUAGAAAAGUUAGAUACUUUGUCUAACAGUGCUUCUGCAGAUGAGACUAAUGGCAUAUCACCUACUUUGCAAGAUGAAAUCAGCCAGAUACCAGAGAAUUGUAAAUUAAAUACGGAAGUUCAAGAGCAGCAGCCAGAAUGUGAUUCUACAUUUGAGCUAUUGCAUGUUGGUGUUACUGUGUAGUACAGCUGGAUAUCUGAGCUCUUGGGAAGCUGAAAUUCACUUAACUUACUCUAAAAAUAUUUUUUCAGUUGCCUUUUUUUGAAUGGAAAUACUCCUCCCCCAAUUUGGUACUGUUUAUAUAGAAUUUGUAUUUUUGUCUCAUAUUUUCCAGAUUCUAGAUCCUGUGCUGAGUCUUCAUUUUGAUUUU